UCAAAGGAGAUCGGUGUGAAUGAAAAAAGCUAGACUCAAGACGUAAACAUCAUGUGGACACUGCUCUUUGGAUCAGAACAAACCAAUGAGAUUCUUAAUUUAAUCUUUACACAAUGGAUUUUCAUGUGUCAGAUCACUGUGAGAGUCCAGAUGACAUGGAGCGAAUGAGGAGGAACAACGUGGACCCUGCGAGACAGACUCAUCAGGUUCUAGAGAGCACUCCUUUGGAUCUGAUUGAGACAGGCAAGUCCCUAAAAGUGCAGGCAGAGCGCCCUCACCUGGUUAGUUUGGGAAGUGGACGUUUGAGCACAGCCAUCACUCUGCUCCCUCUGCCUCCAGGCAGGACCACGUUAGGCUGCGGGGUCACGGAUAUCCAUUUGCAGGGUCCCGGGAUCACACCUCAGCACUGCUACAUCGAGAACCAGGGAGGCACCAUCACGUUGUACCCAUGUGGACACCAGUGCUCUGUGGACGGCCUGCCCAUCACCAACCCCUACCGGCUCACACAAGGGUGCAUGUUGUGUUUUGGUCAGUCGGCUUUCUUCCGUUUUAACCACCCAGAGGAGGCUUUGAGGAUGAAGAGCAUGCUGCCUGCGAGCCAAGUGUUGACCAUGACGAAGACCAAUACAACCGAGUUGCACGGUGUCACAAAUGGAAACCACCAAAGUUUUAAAAACAACAACUUCAAAAUAAACAACUUAUCCAAACCUUUUCCAGACUCUCUGUCCCAGGUGGAUAAAACAACCAAACCAAGUGCUCUUCAGGGCUCUAAUAUUGCAUUGCUAAAUGGAAAAAGUGAUACUACAGAAGAGUCAAUCUAUGAAAAUGUUGGCAGCUUUUUGUGUCAGAAUGAAGGGAACAAGACUCCACCAGUGCCCCCUCGCAUGCCCACUUUACACCAGCCGCCUGUGCCUUAUCCACGGACCUUCCUCUUAAACACUGGUGUACAGACACCACAGGAAAGCCCAAAGCUCCUGAGGAACACGAGGGAAGACAUUUCACCAAGUCCUACACCAAACAAUAGGCCUGGCUACAUCCCAGAUAACAUGACACAAAGAUUAUGUUCCAUCAGUGUGCUCCCUUCUGCUCCGACCGGCCCCCAAACACAGACUCUGCAGAAGAGACCCCCCAGCCCCGUCCUCACCGCCCCCCCUCAGCACAGACUUAAGGCCUCAGAGCUCUCCCCUUCUGCAGGCCGCCCUCCUAUCAGUCCUCACACCUCCAGGAGAGGGACCACCUCACCCCUCUCCACUACACCAGUACUGGGGAGUCCACAGGGCCAACGCAAACUCACAACCUCUUCAAAAGUAGAACCCAUUAGGACCCUGCAUGGACAGAGCCAGUCACCUGUCCCAGGGCAGGACAAAGAGACCGGGACCAGACAUUUGAGGCAAAGCUCUGCUAGAUCCUCUCCUCUACCUAGCCCUCAAAACCAAAGGAAAACCUCCACCAUGAAGUUAAGCUGCAACAAGGAAUCAACUUUUACAAAACCAUGUCCAAGAGAACGUAAGAACAGCAUCUCUGAGAUCAGUGACAAUGAGGAAGAGCUCCUGGAGUACCAUCGGCAUCAGAGAGAGGAGCGUCUGCGUGAGCAGGAGAUGGAGAAACUGGAGCGGCAGAGACUGGAUGCCAUCUUAAAUCUGUGUGCGGAGUACAACCAGGAGGACAGCGCUCUGGACCUGGACACCAUGGUCAGGACAGGGCUGAUCGGGGGCACCACAGAGAGGGUCCCACCUGAAGAUGUGGAUGAGAGCAGCCAGAGAGAGGAGUCCAGCAGCACUGAGAGCACACACCAGGAGUGUGCAGAGCUGCUGGCUGGUCAAGAGAAGAAGUACCUGGAGGACGAGAGGAGCAGGAUUUUAGCGCGAGUAGAUGAACUGAAGCACAAAGUUAGCGAGCUAGAGCUGCAGCUAACAGAGACCAAACAUGAGGUGGAGAUGGAACAGGCCCUGCUACAAGCCGAACAGCAGGCUGAGCAGGAGCAGGUGGAGGCUGAACACAAAGUCAUCGCUCAGCUGCAGCUCAAACUCAGUCAGCUGGACAAGACCACCCAGAUAGAGAAGGACAAGGGGAGGGCUAAAGUGUCGGCUGAGCGGAAGGCCCUGGAAAUGCAGAGGAAUGAGUACAAUGAGCUGAAGAGGCAGUUUGAUAAGUGCCCCCUGUCUCUAAAGGGGCAGUUACAGGAGCAGCUCAGCAGGAAGGCAGAGGCGCUGGACUGUGGGACCAAACAGUUUGAGGAGCUGGAGUUCUGUCAGCUGGAGCAGGAGAGCAGUCUGGACGAGAGGAGAGAAACUCAGAGCUCUCAACUCCUACAAGAAAAGGCCAAUCAUCACUGCAGCAUGGCCCAGAGGAAGGAGAAAGUAACAGCACUGGAAGCUCAAGUGAAACAGCUGGGACUCCAGGCAGUCCAAGAAUGUGAGAGAAUCAUGAGGGAACGGACUGUGAACCUGCAUCUGCUGCAAAAGGAGCAGGACAGGCUGUGUGCUUUGGAAAAGAAUUAUCAGACAUUAACAGGGAAGAACUUUCCAACACCCAACAGCAACAUCAAAGAAGACUUUCUUCACAUCAGCGAAUCAGAUCUUGUUUUGUUGGAGGGUGCUUCUUGUAGCUCAGGUCCCUCUUCUUCCUCCUUGUCCUCCUGUAACCCCUCUCCUGAGCUCAGUACUGACCCUUUCCCCGUUAGGCUGCAAGAGGAAUACCUCAGGCUUUCUGAUGUCUUUAAGAUGUAUGGAAGUGGCUCCAUGCAGCCUCCAUCCUCUCCUGCCACACUGCACUGCUUGUCUCUCGCUGUGCCCUGUGAGGAGUACAUUACAGUCAGUCAGCUCAGCCAGAUCUUUGGGCUGCAGAGGCUCAAUCACUUUCCCUCCACUUCUCUUGCAUCAUUCCAGCUCGCCUCCUCUGAGUCUACUUUCACCUGUCACUCAAACACACCUGCUCCCUCCUCCUUUCUCACUGUCCAGAAUCAACCUGAACUGCCUCCUAUUAACCUGGAGCGCUGGUACCAGGACAUCAUGGCUGCUGGAGAGCCCCAGUCCUGCCCGCCCCCACUGCCCGCCAAAUCUUUCUCUGCGCGAAGGCAUGCGCAGUUACAAAAAUCUAAAUCUGAAGAUGAGGUUGCACAAGUCAUAUCUAGUUCUCAGGUGAGCAAUGGUGGAACUUCACAUGACAAAACGACCAAGGACUUCCAGUUGGUGUUGAAAGACCUCCCUAAUCCCUUAGAUACAGAGUCAAGGAAAUAUUUGUCUUUUCAGAGCAAAGACCCCUCUUCUUCAGUCCAUCACUCCAUUCUGCACCACCAUGCGCCCCCUGUUGGCAGCCAGGCAUUUGACACCCUGAGUCUGGAGAGCUCAGACAGUCUGGAGACCAGUGUGUCUGCUGGUAACUCCGCUUGUUCCCCGGAAAGCGCUCUCGAGGCCCAGCGGAUCGAUGAGAUGGAGAAGAUGCUCAGGGAGGCACAGCAGGAGAAGGCCCGGCUCAUGGAAAACAGAGAGAGGGAGGUGCAGGCGCGGAGGCAGAUCCUGGAGGAGGAGCGCAGGAGGCGGGAGGAGGCAGAGAGGCGGCUGCAGGACGAGGCGGCCCACAGGAGGAGGCUGGUGGAGGAGGAGGUGAAGAUGAGAGAGAAGCACUUCUCUCAGGCCCGGCCCAUGACACGCUAUCUACCAAACUUGAAAGAGGAGUUUGACCUGCGCGCUCACGUAGAAUCGUCCGGCCACAAUAUCGACACCUGCCCCUUCAUCAUCCUCACUGAGAAAAUGUGCAAAGGUCACCUGGUCAAAAUGGGCGGGAAAAUCAAAUCAUGGAAGAAACGCUGGUUUGUUUUUGACCGCAUCAAGAGGAACUUCUGCUACUACGCAGACAAGCACGAGACCAAGCUGAAAGGACUCAUUUACUUCCAGGCUAUUGAAGAGGUUUACUAUGAUCACCUGCGCAGUGCCUACAAGAGCCCAAACCCAUGUUUGACCUUCUGUGUGAAGACACACGACCGCCUCUACUUCAUGGUGGCUCCGUCUCCUGAGGCCAUGCGCAUCUGGAUGGACGUCAUAGUAACCGGCGCAGAGGGCUACACGCAGUUUAUGAGCUGAGUGAGAGAGCGAGGCGGAGGCAGCCACCUGCGGACGAAGAUGAACGCGCCGCUCUAGUGCCAAACGAGCUCAAGGUGAAACCAACCCAAGGAUGGACAUCUGAGGCUCACACAAAACGCCUGAUGCUCUGCAGCAAAUGAGGGUUUAUCGAGACAAAGGUGCUCCCUGAAUAAUGUAUAAGUGUAUAUCCCUUCAGUGUCCCCUCAGUGUUCUCUGUCAAGAGUCCACACACAGCUUAGGCUGAAAAAACAAAAACAAGAGAACAAAGAUAUUUACUUAAUAGCAUUUUGUUUACUGCUUUUACUAUUUGCAUGUUGUUAAGAGCUCAUUUUUAUACUAUUUUUACUUAAAGCCUAUGUUUAACUGUGGCAUAAUUAAUGUUCUCAAAUUCUCAGAUUAUUUAUUAAAAUGUCGCUUGGUGCCAAAUAGUUUACAUUAAUAUUUUACAAAGGGAAUAAUCACUUUAUAUAGUUCAUAUUUAAGAUUUUUCUACAGGCAAAUAAAGCAGCAACACAUGUCUGUAUAACUAUUAAAAAGUCACUUUUUGUAAAGGUUUAAAUAAAUCUAUUAAAUACAUUAUACCACGUAACAAUAUUGUAAACCACUAUGUAAUAAAAGACAAAUUAAAGGUC